CUAGCUAACACCGGGGAUACUAUUGGACUGCAAUUUACUGUCCGAGGUGAUUCCGUAAACAGCGUGAAAAACAUCUCCAAAAUAUUCAUACACGUUUGCAGUGAUUUGACUGUUUCCUUAUUUGUUUAACUCCGUAUCCACCCUCCAGUUGUUGACAUGUCCAGUUUGACAUAAUAUGGGUUUCACUUCGAUUGAACUAGAAUCAUCUAGCUUCUUCUCAACUCGCUGCUGCUGUGGUGACAGUUCAGGGGCCCGUUUGAUGUGAACUAACGUCCGACUAGCUUGUGUUUGUCAACAAUGUCGCAACAUUGUAAUCAUUACGCCGAUACUGUCGCAACAUUGUAAUCAUUACGCCGAUACCGUUGCAAAGCAUUUUGGCAACAGAAACCGUUUAGUCUAAAUGGGAAACGCGAACGAGAGUUUCCAUUGGACAAAUUCCCCAGUAGGUCCCUCCCCGUGUCGUUCCGUUAGCUUCCGUUUGGUUCUUAAACGGUAAACCGUUUCUGUAAUGAAUACACCCCAACCUAAAUAAAGUAAUGUUGCAACAAUUGUAAUGAGUUUGUUGACAUCCGGGUGCUGUAGAAUAUUAUCUUCCAUGUAAGCACGAACCAUAUUCUGAAUGACGAAGCAAGACUUACUAUGUCGAAGGAAGCAAAUGAAUAUGAGAGUCCAGUUACCUACAUCACAGAGCACACUAAACCAAGCCGAAUGAAGAGAGCGGCUGCAAAGCAUCUAAUUGAGCGCUACUUUUGCCAGUUAACAGAGGGCUGUGGAAAUGGGGCCUGCACGAAUGAGUUGUGUGCUUCGUGUCUUGGUUUUCAACCGCUGGAUCACAACGCGGCGGCCAUCAGAGCCCUGGAGCUCUAUAAAAUGAAUGCCAAACUGUGUGGUCGUCACUCUGCUGCCUUCCCUGACAACAGCAGUGCCAAAGAAACCCACCCUACCUUAUUGGGCGAUCGUCACGGGAAGAUGCCAGACCACGAAGACAACCUGUUUCCUCCUAGGGAAGACUUCAGAGAGGUGCAUUACCUGACCGAGGAGAAGGUGUAUGAGAUCCUGAGUAUCUGUGAGGGGAAGAAGGACUACUCUCCUCUGAUCCGAGUCAUCGGGAGGAUCUUCUCCAACGCUGACGGGUUGGUGCAGAGCUUCAGGAAAGACAAGGAGCAGCACCCCAACACCAAGGAGCAGCACCCCAACACCAAGGAGCAGCACCCCAACACCAAGGAGCAGCGUAAGACCCACCAGGCCAACGAUGAGGACAAGGAUGAGGACGACAAGGAGAGAACCACCGCCAUGGAGCAGGAAUCAGAGGCCUCGGCGUCCAUGGAGGGAGCGACGGGAUCGACGGAGAACAGACUGGGUCCUGUGGAGGUCUCAGUGGACAUAGAAGCUGUGAGGAGAGUGUACGACAGACUCCUCUCCAACGAGAAGAUGGAAUCGGCCUUCCUCAACGCCCUGGUCUACCUAACUCCCAACGUAGAGCUGGAUCUAACCUAUCUAGACGUGUACGACACCAACCCAGACUACCUAAACAUCUUCAUCAUCGUGAUGGAGAACAGCAGCCUCCACAGCCCAGAGUACCUGGAGAUGGCCAUGCCUCUGUUCUGUAAGUGCAUGAGUAAACUCCCUCUGCCUGCCCUGGCCAAGCUGACGCGCCUGUGGUCUCAGUACAGUGUAGAGCACAUCAGACGUAUGAUGGAGACCUUUCAGCAGCUCAUCACCUACACGGUAAUCAGCAACGAGUACGACAGCGACAGUCUGGUCAACGAUGAUGAGUGUGUGGUGGCUGCAGCCAAGUGUCUGAAGCUGGUGUUCUAUGCCAACGUCCUGGGAGGAGACCUGGAUACGGGUCACAAUGAGGAGGAGGAGCCUGCAUCAGAGUCCAGCGAGCUCACCCUGCAGGAGCUCCUGGGGGAGGAGAGGAGUAACAAGAAGGGGCCCCGGGUCGACCCUUUGGAGAAGGAGCUGGGCGUCAGGACCCUGGACUGCAGACGACCCCUCAUCCCCUUCGAGGAGUUUGUCAACGAGCCGUUGAACGAUGUUCUAGAGAUGGACAAGGACUUCACCUUCUUCAAGGUGGACUCGGAGAGUAAGUUCUCCUUCCAGAGCUGUCCCUUCAUCCUCAAUGCCUGCACCAAGAGCCUGGGACUGUACUACGACAACCGCAUCAGCAUGUACAGCGAGAGGAGGAUCACAGCGCUCUACAGCCUGGUACAAGGACAGCAGCUCAACCCAUACCUCAGGCUCAAAGUACGACGAGACCACAUCAUCGACGACGCCCUCGUCAGGUUGGAGAUGAUCGCCAUGGAGAACCCAGCGGACCUGAGGAAGCAGCUGUUUGUAGAGUUUGAAGGAGAGCAGGGCGUCGACGAGGGAGGAGUGUCUAAAGAGUUUUUCCAGCUUGUCCUCGAGGAGAUGUUCAACCCUGAUAUUGGCAUGUUUACGUACGAUGAGUCCACCAAGCUGUUCUGGUACAACCCGUCCUCUCUGGAGAACGAGGCCCAGUUCACCCUGAUAGGCAUCAUCUUGGGCCUGGCCAUCUACAACAACUGUAUCCUGGAUGUUCACUUUCCCAUGGUGGUCUACAGGAAACUGAUGGGAAAGAAAGGCACCUAUCUGGACCUGACAGACUCACACCCGGUUCUGUACCAGAGUCUGAGGGAGCUGCUGGAGUACGAGGGGGAUGUGGAGGAGGACAUGAUGAUCACCUUCCAGAUCUCACAGACUGACCUGUUUGGAGACCCCAUCACUUAUGACCUGAAGGAAAACGGGGACAAGAUACCUGUUAAUGCGGACAAUAGAAAGGAGUUUGUCUCUCUGUAUAGUGAUUACAUACUUAAUAAGAGUGUGGAGCGCCAGUUCAAAGCCUUCAGAAGGGGCUUCCAGAUGGUCACCAACGAGUCGCCUCUCAAGUGUUUAUUUAGACCUGAGGAAGUGGAGCUACUGAUCUGUGGAAGCAGGAAUUUAGACUUUCAAGCGCUUGAAGAAACGACAGAGUAUGACGGAGGCUACAGCAAGGAUUGUCGCAUUAUUAAAGACUUCUGGGAGACGGUGCAUUCGUUUGGUGAGGAGGAUAAGAGACUGUUCCUCCAGUUUACUACGGGGACUGACAGAGCACCCGUAGGAGGGCUGGGAAAGUUAAAGAUGAUCAUCGCCAAGAACGGCCCCGACACAGACAGGUUACCUACUUCUCACACGUGUUUUAAUGCUUUGCUGCUCCCUGAAUACGAUUCAAAGGAGAAACUGAAGGAGAGACUUCUCAAAGCCAUCACUUAUGCCAAAGGAUUUGGAAUGCUGUGAAACAAGCAAAAAUGACAACUCUGCAAAAACAAAACAAAAACUUCCUGGCUUCAGUUCAAUGGUUUUAUGUUUUGUAAUGGAGAAGGAAAGAAUUAUACAAUGAUGCAACAGUUGAAAUUAAUGUGGCAUUACGACAAGGAAGUGCUCCAGAGACUGUGUGCCUGAACUGCAAAUAGACUCAACUAGCAGAGAUUCGAUCUAGCCCCCCUCAGAUCCAUUUAAUAUACGUAGAACCUCUCCUUACAUUCUAGGUUAUUCAAGCUGUUGAAAUCAGUUAUAAUUCUUACUGGAGCUCGCUGGGUUUAUUUGAUGUGUAAAAAAAAAAAUUAAGAAGAAGAAGAAGCAGGUUAUCAUUGAUUGUUGUGAAAGUGCACUUAACUAGACCUUCUGAAUGUUAGUGAAUGGAAUAUACAUUACUGUAUACUGCCAUCUUAGGACAUUUUGUUAGUUUAUGAUAUUCUUUAAUGCCAGCAGUGUUGUCGGUAACACUUCCUAAUAUAAUACCCUCUUCAUAAUGCAUUGAAAAGUACAUUUAUGAGCUAUGCAUAAUGCAUUAUAAUGCCUUCCAGGUGUUUUAUAGCUGCUCAUAGACCUCUAUACUGCUUUGUUGCAAGUUUUAUUGUCACGUGCACAAGUACUGUGAAAUACUUUUUCACUGUACUUGAAGGGGGGUGUUCAUAUGACGUGUUAGCGUGGUGUCGCGUAAGGCACAGGACUAUUCUAACCAGUACACCAACACAGUGUUCCUGCUCUGCUGUAAGCUAUGCAAGUGGGACCCUAUUCCCUACAUAGUGCACUACUUUUCACUAGGGCCCCUACAUAGGGAAUAGGGUGCCAUUUGGGGCGCCUUUUAUGUAUGAUGGCGUUGCAUCGUCGUCUGUACCUGCUGCCUCUUUGGCAAAUCUCCCUGCUACUUUUGGCUGCGGUUCCUGCACUCUUUCUAAUGUGUUGAAUAGCUGUUCAAUACGUAUAUGUUUUUUGCAAUGUUCAUUUUGUUUUGCCAGACAGAGCAGAACUCUCUGACGGAGUGCUUUCAGUUUUUUGUGUUUUAUUUUAGUGCAUGGUCACAGACACAAAGUAAGUCAUUCGUUUUACAAAAGCUCCAGUGAAUUGUCAGGUCAUGUUAGUUCUUUGGUAGCUGUACUCUCACUUACAGUUGCAAAAAAAAUUGGGGGGGGAAAUGCUUUACCCAAAAUCCCUUGGUUUUCCAGAAAUCCCUUGGUUUUACAGAAAUCCCUUGGUUUUACAGAAAUCCCUUGGUUUUACAGAAAUCCCUUGGUUUUACAGAAAUCCCUUGGUUUUACAGAAAUCCCGGUUGGAAGAGUCCCAGAAUCUGGAGGGAAUAAAGAGGAAAUCCAGGAUCUUCCAACCAGGAGUUUUGGAAAACCUGGGAACGGUAGCAGAAUUCUGCAACCCUAAUCUGACUUCACAGUUCAUCUGACCCAUAUAAUGUGAAAUAUUGACUUGGAGGAAAGUGUUUUAUAAUAAUACCACUGAAUUGACACAUCAAUGCUCAGAACAGCGUGUUAUUCUCGGAAGUAUUUUUGGUUCGUUAGUGUUUGAUUUGGUGUGACUGUGGUUUGGUUUUCAUUAUGCUAUAUACCUGAAAGCCUGCCAAGCCAUGCAGAACAUUUUUGGUUUAAUAUCCAAUAAUGUGUACAACAGUCUUGGCAGGAAGGGUUUAAUGGUUUGGUUUAAUAUCCUGUGAUGUGUACAACAGUCUUGGCAAGAAAGUUCAUUCAUAAAGGAUUCAUUCCCCAUGUUGUUUUACUGCCUGAAUUCAAAAUAGAUUCAAUAUGAAUGAUUUUUUUCCCACCCUUUUACAUACAAUACCCCACAAUUUUAGCAAAUGUAUUAAAUAAAAUCGAUGCAAUUUACAUCAGUAUUCACACCCCUAAAUCAAUACAUGUCAGAAUCCCGUUUCUGAAUAAGUCUGUAAGAGAUUUGCACACCUGGAUCGUACAAUAUUUGCACAUUCUUUAAAAAUUUUUUAAAGUUCUGUCAAUUGGUUGUUGAUAAUUGCUAGACAGCCACUUGAACGUCUUGCCGUAGCUUUUCAAGCAGAUUUUAAGUCAAAACUGUAACUAGGUUCCUCAGGAACCUUCAAUGUCAUCUUGGUAAGCAACUCCAGUGUACAUUUGGCCUUGUGUUUUCGGUUAUUCUCCUGCUGAAAGGUCAAUUUGUCUCCCAGUGUCUGUUGGAAAGUAGACUGAACCAGGUUCUCUCUAGUCCUUCCUGAUGACAAGCAUACCCAUAACAUGAUGCAACCGCCACUAUGCAUAACACAUAUUGAUUAUAUGAAGAUUAGUACUUACUUAGUGAUGUGUAGAAUUUGCCCCAAACAUAACACUUUUUAUUCAGGGUAUAAAGUUAAUUUCUUUGCCACAUUUUUUGCAGUUUUACUUUUAGUGCCAUGUUGCAAACAUGAUCCAUGUUUUGGAAUAUGUUUAUUCCAUACUUAGGCUUACUUCUUUUACCUUUUACUCUGUCAUUUAGGUUAGUAUUGUAGAGUUACUACAAUGUUGUUGAUCCAUCCUCAGGUUUCUCCUUUCACAGCCAUUAAACUCUAACUGUUUUAAAAGUCACCAUUGGCCUCAUAGUGAAGAAUCUCUAUUUAAUCUGUUUUCAAUUCAGGCUGUAAGACAAGAUGUGGAUAAAGUCCAACGGCUGUGAAUACUUUCUGAAUGAGAUUUGUAUUUAGCUGCCUGGUUUAUUUUGAUAUUAAUGGAAAUUAAAGAAAGUACAAACAUUUUAAUUAAACACUUGAUGUGUCAACAUAAUGCAAAAUAAAAUAAUACAUUUUUAA